ACACAACUCUUGUUCCUCCAGAGACAUCCCCAUCAGGUGCAACAAGCACUUCAUCAUCUUCCAGUGUCAGCUACACAUCUCUGACAACUUCACAAAUGUUGACAGCACCAAGUUCAACAGACACCACUGCAAGAAUUACAGAAAACACGUCAAGCUCUGCAUCUACACCUUCUACUCCAAUCACCUCAGCAGUCUCGAUGACAACUCAAAUAGGUCAGCAAACAACGGCACCCUCUUCCAGCACCUCUACUCAGGAAACACAAGCAUCUUCUCAGAACCACCAGACAGAGACCAGUGAAACAACCACAGAUUCACAAUCUAGUUACAUCACAGGAGUGAGCACUUCCACUCCCUCAUCCUCACCAAGUGCACACACAUAUACAACUCUUGUUCCUUCUGAGACAUCCCCUUCAGGUGCAACAAGCACUUCAUCAUCUUCCAGUGUCAGCUACACAUCUCUGACAACUUCACAAAUGUUGACAGCACCGACACCAAGUUCAACAGACACCACUGCAAGAAUUACAGAAAACACGUCAAGCUCUGCAUCUACACCUUCAACUCCAAUCACCUCAGCAGUCUCGAUGACAACUCAAAUAGGUCAGCAAACAACGGGACCCUCUUCCAGCACCUCUACUCAGGAAACACAAGCAUCUUCUCAGAACCACCAGACAGAAACCAGUGAGACAACCACAGAUUCACAAUCUAGUUACAUCACAGGAGUGAGCACUUCCACUCCCUCAUCCUCACCAAGUGCACACACAUAUACAACUCUUGUUCCUUCUGAGACAUCCCCUUCAGGUGCAACAAGCACCUCAUCAUCUUCCAGUGUCAGCUACACAUCUCUGACAACUUCACAAAUGUUGACAGCACCAAGUUCAACAGACACCACUGCAAGAAUUACAGAAAACACGUCAAGCUCUGCAUCUACACCUUCAACUCCAAUCACCUCAGCAGUCUCGAUGACAACUCAAAUAGGUCAGCAAACAACGGCAUCAUCCUCCAGCACCUCUACUCAGGAAACACAAGCAUCUUCUCAGAACCACCAGACAGAGACCAGUGAAACAACCACAGAUUCACAAUCUAGUUACAUCACAGGAGUGAGCACUUCCACUCCCUCAUCCUCACCAAGUGCACACACAUAUACAACUCUUGUUCCUUCUGAGACAUCCCCUUCAGGUGCAACAAGCACUUCAUCAUCUUCCAGUGUCAGCUACACAUCUCUGACAACUUCACAAAUGUUGACAGCACCGAGUUCAACAGACACCACUGCAAGAAUUACAGAAAACACGUUAAGCUCUGCAUCUACACCUUCAACUCCAAUCACCUCAGCAGUCUCGAUGACAACUCAAAUAGGUCAGCAAACAACGGGACCCUCUUCCAGCACCUCUACUCAGGAAACACAAGCAUCUUCUCAGAACCACCAGACAGAGACCAGUGAGACAACCACAGAUUCACAAUCUAGUUACAUCACAGGAGUGAGCACUUCCACUCCCUCAUCCUCACCAAGUGCACACACAUUUACAACUCUUGUUCCUUCUGAGACAUCCCCUUCAGUCCCUGGCUCUGCAGUCACCUGGAGCUCCACCACCCAAUUCACAGGUCAUCCCACGCCUCCGUCUGGUACCAGCACUUUUCCACCAUCCACAGCAACCUUAAGCUCCACUGUGAAGACUGAGACAUCAGGAACAAUCACAACCUCAAUGAAGACAGAUGUCGAGAGAAGCACAGCAACAUCACUACCCUCAACAACCUCCCAGAUCCUUACCACCUCUACUCCUGGCACAUCCACAGGCGUCCACUCAACAGCUAUUUCAGUCCCUAUCAAGCCUGAGAAAGGCGUUACCCUCUUCCCCUACGGGUCACAUGUUGGAGACCAGGAAUUUGUCAGGAGGAUUGUGGACUUCACCUCGCCGCUCUUCAAGCCCCAGAUUGGCUUCCCUUUCGGCUCCUCUCUCCGAGAUUUCCUCUACUUCACAGAUAAUGGCCAGAUCAUUUUUCCGGAAUCAAAGUACCAGAUUUUCUCCUACCCUAACCCUCCCCUUAGAGGCUUCACAGGCUGGGACCAUGUGGCCCUGGUGGCUCCUUUCUGGGACGAUGCUGAUUUCUCCACCCACCGGGGAACCAUAUUUUACCAGACGUAUGAGACACUCUAUGAUGACUACAAACCACUUGUAGUCCAGCAGGUGGAGUCUUGGAUUGAGAAGUUCACAAAUACCUGGAACUACAAAGCCAGGUGGACCCUAAAGGUCACAUGGGUCAAUGCUCCUGCCUAUCCUGCCCGGUGGACCCGUGGGACCAACACCUACCAGGCCAUCCUCUCCACGGAUGGAAGCAGAUCCUUUGCCCUGUUUCUCUAUCAAAGCGGUGGGAUGCAGUGGGACGUGACCCAGCGCCCAGGCAACUGGGUCCUCAUGGGCUUCUCCAGUGGAGAUGGGUAUUAUGAAAACAGCCCACUGACAUUCCAUCCCGCGUGGGAGAAGUAUCGUCCAGACCAAUUCCUGAACUCCAACUUAGGCCUCAGGGGUCUGCAGGUCUAUAAGCUACACAGGGAAGAGAGACCCAACUACCGCCUCUGGUGCCUGCAGUGGUUGAACAGACAGCCUCAGUGGCCCAGCUGGGGCUGGAACCAGAUCUCCUGCCCAUGCUCCUGGCAGCAGGGACUAUGGGACUUACGAUUCCAACGUGUUCACAUAGGCUGGUGGCACCUCAGCAGCAGGCAUCUGUGCAGCUUCGCCUCCUGGCGUGGGGGUGUGUGCUGCAGCUACGGGCCAUGGGGAGAGCUUCUCGAAGGCUGGAGAGUGCAGAGUCCUUGGCAGUUUGACCAAGAACUGGAGCCACAGCUCUGGUGCUGCCACUGGAACGACCAGCCCUCCUUGUGCACCCUGUACCAGCAAAGGCGGCCCCGCAUCGGCUGUGCUGGGUACCAGGCCCCAAGGCCCGCCUGGAUGUUCGGGGACCCCCACAUCACCACCUUGGAUCGUGUCAAUUACACCUUCAAUGGGCUGGGAGACUUCCUGCUGACCCAGGCCCAGGAUGGAAACUCCUCCUUUCUGCUGCAGGGCCGCACUGCCCUGACCAGCUCAGCCCAGGCCUCCAACUUCAUUGCUUUUGCAGCUCAAUACAACUCCAGCAGCCUUGGCCCCAUCACUGUUCAAUGGUUCCUUGAGCCCAAUGACACAAUAGACGUGCGGCUCAAUCACCAGACUGUGAUGUUUGAGACUAACCGUGAAGAUGCAGAAGGCCAGGAGAUAUUCAACACCACUGGAGUUGUAAUGAUCCGCAAUGGUUCCCUGGUGACAGCCAGCUUAGAUGGGACAGUGAUCAUCUCAGUGACUGCUCUCUCCAACAUCCUCCAUGCCUCCUGCAACCUCCCAGAGGAGUACCGAAACCACACAGAGGGCCUCCUGGGGGUCUGGAAUGACAAUCCAGAUGAUGACUUCAAGAUGCCCAAUGGCACCACCAUUUCCCAAGAGAGCUCUGAAGAGAUGAUUUUUCACUAUGGAAUGACCUGGAAAAUCGACGGAACAAGCCUCCUUGGCAAGAGGGAUGACAAUCUGCCUUCCAACUUCACACCUGUCUUCCUUUCCCAACUUUUGAAAAACAACUCGAAUGAAAAUUUGGCCUCUGAAUGUAAUGGAAAUGAACAAUGCAUCUAUGACGCCCUGGCGACAGGAAACACACAGACUGGACUGCACACCAGCAUGAUCUUUAGAACAUACCAGCAGAUGAACACGACCCUCCAUCAGUUCCCGCCCUCUAUAGAUGGUCACCGAGUAAUGGAAGCCUACGUGGGGCAGACCACACGAAUUGAGUACACCAGCAACUCUAAGGACGUCACGUUCACUCUCAGGAACGACUACACUGACUUCAAGCUUUUUGAGAAUGGGACAUUGCUAUGGACACCAAAGUCUCUGGAACCAUUCACUCUGGAAAUUCUAGCAAGAAAUGUCAAGGACAACUUAUCAUCUGUACUCCAGCCGAAGACCGUGGUCUGUGCUUGCAAGGGAGAGAAACAGUGUUUAUACAACCAGACCAGCUGGGUGGGCAAUUCCUCCCUGGAGGUGGCCAGCUGCCAGUGUGAUGAGAACACCUUCGGCCACUACUGUGAACACUCCAAGGACUCCUGUGAGGAGCAGUGCUUCCCGAAUGUGAAGUGCAUUCCUGGGCAGGGCUGUGAGGGCUGUCCCCCCAACAUGACUGGCGAUGGGCGUCACUGUGCAUUUCUGAAGGACUCUGAACUCUGUCAGAACGAGUCCUGCCCUGUGAAUUACUGCUACAACCAAGGCCACUGCUACAUCUCCCAUACUCUGGGCUGCCAGCCCGCCUGCACCUGCCCCCCUGCCUUCACAGACACCCGCUGCUUCCUGGCUGGGAACAAUUUCACUCCAACUGUCAGUCCAGAGUUUCCCUUAAGAGUCAUCCAGCUCUUGCUCAGUGAAGAAGAAAAUGCCUCCAUAGCAGAGGUCAACGCCUCGGUGGCCUAUAGACUGGCAAACCUGGAUGUUCGGGCUUUCCUCUGGAACAGCAAAGUGCAAAAAAUGGGUACCACGACAGCACUGGUCUCAGGAAGGUCCCUUCAACACUGGACUGUCAUCUCGGAGUUCCAGUACCGCCCACGGGGCCCUGUCAUCGACUUCCUGAACAACCGGCUGCUGGAUGCCGUGGUGGAGGCAUUCUUUCUGCAGGCCUCGUGGGGGAGAUGGAAAAGAAGUGAGGGGCCGAGGAACAACGUGGUCUUCCACCCCAUCUCCAGGGGAGACGUGCACAGUUUGAAGGCUUUGAACGUGAGCACGCUGCAGACUUACCUCCAUUGCAAGGGCUACAAGGACUACCACCUAGUCUACAGCCCACAGGACGGCUUCACUUGCAUGUCCCCAUGCAGCGCGGGCUACUGUGAGCACGGAGGCCAGUGCCAGCACCUGCCCGAUGGGCCCCACUGCAGCUGUGUGUCCUUCUCCAUCUACACGCCCUGGGGCGAACACUGUGAGCAUCUGAGCUUGAAACUUGGUGCCUUCUUCGGGAUCCUCUUCGGGGCCCUAGGUGCCCUCUUGCUGCUGGGGGUCAUAGUGUUUGUAGUCCAUCGCUUCUGGGUCUCCAAGAUACAGUAUUCCUACUCCCUGGACUCGGAAAGCUGAUGCCUCGCCCCAAGGGGGCAGCUGUGGCCUAAGAUACCUCAAGACCCACCCCAGCUACACCCGCACAUUUCCAGGCGCCUUUGCUUUGGGGAGAUUGGAAAAAGGAAGGUGACUGAAAUCGAUUCAGGAUUCUUCAAUAAAAUGAAUAAUGGGAAUGAAUAAUAAUAAAGAUUAGCGCACCUUAUCUGUAAACACAGAGGCAGACAGGAAGAGGUCAUAAAAGACCGACUACAUAAAAGAAUGGAUUCUCACAGACAUAACCACAAGGAGGACACUGACCUACACAUAUGCAAACGCCAGAUUUAAUAAUGGGGUGAUGGCUCUAAGUUAAAAACCAAAAUGCAUUUGCACAUAAAACUCUCCAGUUUACUUCUAAUUAAAGUCUAUCUAAAUAAAAUCUCACUGACUUUUUGUGUUUGCAAAGCCAUAGGUUCUGUUCAUGAUUUUCCUCUGGUGGCUGACAGUCCACCAGAGGUGGAGGAACAUAGGUGGGUUGGCACCAGUCUUGCUUCAGCCCUCAGUACUCCAUGUUGGAAAGCUCAGUUGCUCCAGCCCAGACUUGCAUCUUUGUUUCUACAUCACUUUCUUCCCCUCACCCCAACACAAGCCAAAGCCUGGUCCUCUAAUGAGGACAGUAGUGACACCCCCACACUUUCUCUGUCCUUUCCUGGGCCCCAGGCAGUCUUCUGAGCAUCUCCACCCACAGUCCUUCAGCCCCACUCUGUUUGUUUCCAGCGACUAGAUCAGUUUCCACCUAUCCUUCUCUUUUAGCAGGCAGAAUUAUACACUUCUCUCAUGUAACAACUCCAACAGCAACUGGUUCACAACUCCUAUGCCUGGGGCAUCUCAAUUCCAACUCUAAGCAGAAACUGGGUAACUGCCUCUUGGUCCUAAAUACCAAAUCCCUGAAGAGAGAAUAUUAUUGGUCCAAAUUAUGCCAGUUGUCCAUCUCUGGUCCAACCACAUGUGGCCAUAGGGUAGGGAAGGAAGUCACAUGAUAUAAACCUGGUGCUCAGGCUCACUCUUGUAGGUGAGAAAGUACUGGUGCUGGAGGAAGUUCCAACAAAAACAUGACCUUUGAUCUGAGCAGAGACUGCAAACUGUCUGCUUUACAUAGAGAAUGACUUCUCCCAGCAGUUGAAGCCCCCCACACACACACACUCCAUAUGUACCAGGCUGUGGCUUUACCCUCAAAUGUCCCAAAAUGUAAUCAUGUCUCCAUAUAAAACCACAUUCAUUUAAUCCCAGCAUUCAUUUAUCAAGAAUUAAGAACACAGAGCAGCCAGAUAGCUCCAUUGGUUAGAACAUGAGCUCUGAGCAACAGGGUUGCCGG